UGCCUAAAUGUCUGGUGGCUCCUGUCUACCAAUUAACGACUGAACCUCUGCUCAGAAAUGUUCCUAAAUGCAUCCCACUUCAUAAAUCGCUGUUCAUCUUUGAAUUCAAGCUCAUCCACAAAUAUAUUUGUGAUUUGGAAGGUGCCUCUGAAGAGCAUCUCAGUGGAGCUUCUGGUUCAGGAUCAUGUAGCCACAGUCUCCUCCACUCUGCAGUAUGUGAAUGAGGAAGAGCGCCCCCUGGAGGCCUUGUUCGUCUUCCCUCUGCCUGCUGAUGCUGCUGUCUGCCACUUCAGUGCCAAGAUCGGAGAGCAGGAGAUUGUGGCAGAGGUGCAGGACAGAGAAACCGCGAGGGAUCGGUAUGAUGACGCUGUGAGUUCAGGUCAGCAGGCGUUUCUGUUGGAAGAGAGCGCAGAGAGUCCUGAUGUGUUCAGACUGAGUGUCGGGUGUCUGUCGGCGGGUCAGAACGCUGCUGUCACCAUCAUCUACGUCACCGAGCUCGCUGUGCAGGACGACCACUCGCUGCGCUUCUGUCUGCCGGCUGUACUCAACCCCCGAUACACACCAGCAGGUUCAGCUGCUGGUAUAGUCUCAGAGAUUUCAUCAGGAGCUGUUCCCUACACGCUGACUCUCAGUGUUCAUGUGAGCUCUCCAAAGCCCAUCUCCAAACUAGAGUCCAACUGCACUCUGGAUCCUCUAGUGUUCCUCCACUCUGAUCACACUCAGGCCACGGUGAAUCUGAGUCCUGGUCACAUGUUUGAUAAGGACGUUGAGCUGUUUGUGUACUAUCAGGAUACCCAUCAGCCCUCUGCUGUAGUGGAGGCAGGAGUGACCACUGCCCCGCCAGGUUCUCUGAUGAGGGAUACAGUGGUUAUGAUAAGUUUGUACCCAGAGUUCCCAGAGGAAGUGAUGUCAUCAUUGGCAUCUCGAGGCGAGUUUGUUUUUGUGAUUGACAGAUCAGGCAGUAUGGGAGACAUGAUGCAUCAAGGGAAAGAAGCACAGAAUCGAAUUGAAAGCGCAAAGGACACUCUGCUGUUACUGUUGAAGAGUCUGUCCAUGGGAUGCUACUUCAAUAUCUAUGGAUUUGGCUCUGUUUUUGAGUCCUUCUUCCCUCAGUGUGUUGAGUACAAUCAGGACACGAUGGAUCAGGCUCUGAAGAGAUUGAAGGAAAUGAAAGCAGACAUGGGUGGCACAGAGAUAUUACAGCCUCUAAAACACAUCUACAGUCAGCCCUGUUACCCUGAUCACCCCAGACAGCUGUUCAUCUUCACUGAUGGAGAAGUGUUUAACACUAAAGAGGUGCUGGAUCUGGUGAAAAGUCACGCUCACUCUCACAGGUGCUUCUCAUUCGGGAUUGGUGAGGGUGCGAGUGCCGCCCUCAUCACAGGAAUGGCCAGAGAGGGAUCUGGUCACGCUCAGUUCAUCACAGACACCGACCGCAUGCAGCCCAAAGUGAUGCAGUCGCUCAGGUUUGCUCUGCAGCCCGCUGUGCUUAAUAUCUCUGUGGAUUGGACCCUUCCAGAUGAUGUUACCGUUGACACACUGUCUCCACCCAUCAAUGUGCUCUUCCAGGGUCAAAGGACACUCAUUUAUGCCCAGCUUAAAGGAGAGAGUUCAGGAGGCUCUGAGGGAACAGUGACAGUCAAAUACAGUCUUGAAGAUCAACCAGUUACAAACCAGCUCCACUUCUGCGUCAAACCAACUGAGGAAACACAGUUGUCUAUUCACCGGCUGGCGGCUCGGACCCUGAUCCGUUCUCUGGAGCAGAAGGAGAGGUCCGGAGCUGCAGAUGUUGAGGGCAUCAGGAGCAGGAUGGUGGAGCUCAGUGUUCAGGCAGGAGUCAGCUGUGUUCAUACAGCCUUCAUUGCUGUGAAUAAAGACAGCAGACAGACUGUGAAAGGACCCCUGCUGCAGAGAAGAGUGCCAACAUACGAUUCCUGUUCAGAAAUUGACAUGAUGCAAGUAAAUUAUGAUCACAUAGCACCCCGCGAGUUUCGUUUAUCAUCAUCAAGGCAUUGCGUUGCAGAUGAACAAUCAUUUCACUGCUCAAAGAUGAUGUCGUUCACAGAGCGAACAGUCCUCAAAAUGUCUAAUCGGGUAACAGCAGCGACUGCACCCGAACAGAAGAUCGGAUUCAUGACAAAGGUCCAGAAUUUUUUCCGCCGUGGUUCUAAGACUGCGACUGCCAAGUCUGAACAAACAGACUCUGAAAUCAAAAUUGAUGCUGCUCCUGAGCUCCAGAAGGACCUGUUACUGCAGCUGGUUUCUCUCCAAAAGGCGUCCGGCUGCUGGAAUCUGGACUCCACACUGGCUGAUGUGUUUGGGAAGACGGAGGAUGAGCUGACCAAUCAGAAACCAGCACAGGUGGAUGGGUCAGUAUGGGCCACUCUCCUGGCUCUGAUCUGGUUAUACGGCUGUAAAAUAGAGCAGCAGGUGGAGUGGCAGUUUGUGGCCAUGAAGGCAGCGUCAUGGAUCGGCUCUCAGAAAGUGGGAGAUCUGUCGCAGUGUGUGUGUGAGGGGAAAGUCCUGCUCGGAUGUCAGGUGACCAAAGAGACUCUGGGAAUCUGAAGAUAUCACUGUUUCUACAUCCUGAUCCAUUUAACUGCCAAAGACAUAUGAAAUGUGCUUUGUCAUUUUGGUCCAUCCUAACCGUAUCAUCCUAACAGUGAGCAUACAUAUACGUGGUACCACGUGACAAUGAGGUAUGUGUAAGUUAAAUAAUGUGCAUUAAGACUGUCUUGGAAAACUAGUGUUGCUUUGUCUUCAUUAUGUAUUAUUUUUACAGUUCAAAUGAAUGGAGUUUUGUUUUGAUGCUUGUAAUUUGUAUGUUUUUGGACACUGUUAAAAACAAAUAUAUCUACUGAGAGAGAGAAAAAAAAGAAGAAAAAAGUGCAGAGAUUUGGUGAAUAUGAAAUUUGGCAAGUAACAGCAAAUGACUGACAUUAAAAUACGCAUUGUAUUCAGAAUAACUAAUAUAACAUACAUUUAUUUAAAUAAAUAAAUAAACGUUGCAUUAACAAAAAAAGUAAAAUUCACAAAAGAAAGCUUCACAAAAUAAUUCAAAUAAAUGAAAAUAAGUCUCUUCCAAAAGAUAGCUUCGUUUUGGGUGUAGCAAUUAUGCUAAAUUUGUAUUCAUUUAGUUUUUUUUUUUAAUCGCACACAGAUUGUAAUUGUUGUUGAUCAUGUGAUCAUCCGGUAGGGGGUGGUAAUGCAUUCGCAGUCAAAUAAAAAGUGACAACAACUUUG